AUGGUGGCUAAUCUCAUCGACAACUAUCUUGCUGAGGUGGCAUCCGAUGUUAACUUGAAGCUCAAAAAGUUUCAAUCUUUGGUUGCUACUGUCACUGAUUUUGCAAGGUCAAUCGAUGAAGGAAUGUAUCGAGCAAUAGAUAUAUAUCUCAAGAAGUUCGAACUCAAAUGGCGAAACCUUGUAAUCGUAAUUUUACAGGCACAUCCAUGGCUGAUAGAUUUCGAUUGGGAGCUACUCUGUCGAUUGAUGGCCUACCAGAAACUGUCACUAGAAGCCAACACACACGCCGCACAGAAUAAGAGACUGCCGCUCCGUUUCAUAGUUCGGGGUUCUCUUCUUCGAGAAGCUUCGGCUGCAGAUAUCUGUUGUCGGCUGCUUUUAUGUCUCUUAAAAUUACAACUCACAGACAUACCUGAGCAGCAUGUGCUGCCGGAAAGUGGGAACGUGCACCUUUUUCCCUUCGUUUGGAUUGCAAGCCCAAGAGAAGAACACGAAAGGAAGAAGUGA